AUGAACAAUAAAGACUUUGAAGAAGAACCACCUAGUUACGACCAUGCGUUUCAAUCAACGUUGACACCGAAUGCGCAAGUACAUCAAUUUGGUAAAUUCCAAGAUGCUUCAUUAGACUCUUAUGAACGAGGAGAAAUGUUUAUUCAAGCUUUCAGUUCCCAACUGGACAGAUUUCCCAGCCAAGAAGCACAACAAGUAGCGCAGUACGGAUUUCUUCGUUGUAUGCAUAUUGAUACGAGCAUUCAAAAGAAUCAAUUGUUUGCUCAUCCUAAAGGUAAUCCUGCGUUUAUAACCUCGGGUGAUCAGGUCCAAUUUUGGCCUGGUGUCCAAUAUGGACCACUCAUUGAUUUGGAUGUGACGGCACAAGCUUCGCAUCCAUUUUUAACGUUACGGGAAUACAACCCACAAACCAUCUACAACGAUGUGCCUACACAGCAUUAUUUUGAAAUGACCGUGAAACAAGCACGAGGGGAGGUCGUGAUGGCGAUUGGUCUCAGUACACGACCUUACCCCAUCUUUCGUAUGCCAGGUUGGAAUAAAUUCUCGGUGGGGUAUCAUAGUGAUGAUGGUCACAAGUUUUGCGAUGAUGCCACGGGUGGACAAGAGUUUGGUCCGAGCUGGGGAUUGGGAGAUACCGUAGGCUGUGGUUACUGUCCCGACACGGGUCAUGUCUUUUUCACUAAAAACGGUACGAUGAUAGACUAUGCUUUUACAGGUUUAAGUCGUCAUCAUUACUUUCCUAGUGUUGGUGUAGAUGGUCCUGCUACCAUCCAUCUUAACUUUGGUAAAUCACCCUUUUUAUUUCAUCUUGAAAACUGGGCUGGACAAUUUAUUUAG